UCCGGGCGCGCGCGGGCGGGCGGGAGCGCGCGGACGGGCUGAGCCCGGGCUCUGGACGGGCGGCGGGGGCAGUGGGUUCGGCCGUCACUCCCCCUCCCUUCCCCCGGGGGCCGCCCAUGGCCGAGGCGCCGCGCCCCGCGGGGCCCGCAGCCGAGCCGCUCUUCAAGGAGGUGAAGUUCUUCGCGGUGGGGGAGAUCGAUCCGCAGGUGAUUCAGCUGCUGAAGGCUGGAAAAGCAAAAGAGGUAUCCUAUAAUGCAUUGGCGACACACAUCAUUGCAGAGGAUGGUGACAACCCUGAAGUUGGGGAAGCACGGGAAGUGUUUGAUCUGCCAGUGGUUAAGCCUUCCUGGGUAUUUUUGUCGGUUCAAUGUGGCCAGCUCCUUCCAGUUUCUGGCUUCUCACCAGAAGGAGGACAAAUAUUUUCAGGGGUUACAGCUUGCCUUUCACGGGUGUCCGCGGAAGAUCGCAACACGUUGUGGGCCUUGAUUACUUUCCAUGGAGGAGACUGCCAGCUCAAACUCAACAAGGCUUGCACCCAUUUAAUAGUACCAGAACCUCAGGGGGAAAAAUAUAACUGCGCUCUGAAGCAGAGCAGCAUCAAAAUUGUAACGCCAGACUGGGUGGAGGACUGUGUUGCAGAAAAAUCCCCAAAAGAUGGGUCCACAUAUCACCCACGCCUUAUUAUUCAAGAAGAAGAGGAGGAGGAGGAAGAGGAGAUGGAAGAACCAGCUGGAAACGAGGAAGAUGCUGAGCUGGAGGACAGUGGAGAUGACAAACGCUCAGCCAAGAGCAGUCCAGUAUCAUCACGGGGGGGCUCACCGCUGAGCAUGUCAGGCUUCUCACCGAAGAGGGACAGCAAGCCUGAGAAAUCAACGGGUGAAAUCAUGUUCGAUGACUCCUCGGACUCCUCCCCUGAGAAGCAAGAGAGGAACUUGAAUUGGACACCAGCGGAGAUCCCGCCGUCUGCCACUGCCAAGCGCCGGCUCAUUCACGGGAAGGACUCUGCUCUGAUCAACUUGUGUGCCAAUGUCCCACCGGUCCCUGGUACUGUCUCCGUCCCCGAAGCCAGAAACAGCCUCAUUGGCCCUGGCCAAGGACCACAGGGUCCCGAGAGGCCAGAAAUGGUUGCUGCCUGGAGCCCUGCAGUCAGGACACUGAGGAACAUUACUAACAAUGCUGAUAUUCAGCAAAUCUCCAGACCAUCAAAUGUUGCACAAAUCUUGCAGUCCCUUUCAGCACCAACCAAAAAUCUGGAAGCUAAUCAGAACCAGCAAGGCCCUGAUGUUCGACAUCCCAACACCGUUGUUUUCACACAAGUCAAGCAGUUAACUCCCGAAGCGCAGCAACUGCUGCAGCAACAGUCGCAACAGCAGCAGCACCAGCUGCUCCAACUCCAGCAGCAGCACCUAAUGCAGCUGCAGCAGCAGCAGCAGCAACAGCAGAAACCUCAUCCACAGCUUCACCAGCAUCCGUUCCAGCAGCAGCAGCACACCUUCUCGCAGCAGCACCUGCUGCUGCAGCAGCAACAGUUUCAGCGAUUGCAACAGCAGCAUCAUCUACAGCAACUGCAGCAGCAGCAAUACCACCACCACCAGCAACAACAGCAGCAUCCUGUUCCCCAGCAGCAAUUGCAAAUCUUUGGACAUGAUCCCGGGUUGGAAAUCCCAGAAGAAUCAUUUUUACUAGGAUGUGUUUUUGCAAUCGCUGACUACCCUGAGCAGAUGUCUGAUAAACAGCUGCUGGCGACUUGGAAAAAGAUUAUCCAAGUGCAUGGUGGAAUUGUAGAUCCCACCCUGACUAAUAGGUGCACCCACCUAUUAUGUGAAAGUCAGGUCAGCAAUAUGUAUGCUCAGGCCUUGCGAGAGGGAAAGCGAUGUGUCACUGCUCAUUGGCUAAACACUGUCUUGAAGAAGAAGAAAAUGGUUCCACCCCACAGAGGACUGCAUUUUCCUGUAGCUUUUCCGCCAGGUGGAAAACCCUGCUCUCAACACAUGAUAUCUGUCACUGGAUUUAUGCACAGUGACCGGGAUGAUUUGAAAUUGAUGGGCUAUUUAGCAGGAGCCAAGUACACGGGCUAUCUCUGCCGAAGCAAUACUGUCCUCAUCUGCAAAGAACCCUGUGGGCUGAAAUAUGAGAAGGCAAAAGAGUGGAGAAUACCAUGUGUGAACGCACUGUGGCUUUGUGACAUUCUUCUUGGGAACUUCGAUGCGUUGCGGCAGAUUCAGCAUAAUCGCUACACGGUGUUCGGACUACAGGAUCCUCUUGCUCCCAAUCCCCAACUGGUCUCGAAUCUUUUAGCUGCUUGGCGGGUGCCCUUGAAGAUCUCACCAGAGCUCUUGAUGAGUGUACGUAUCCAGUCUAAACAGAAACAAAAUGAAUGUAACAUUCCACCUCCUGUGAAAAGAGCAAGGAUUGAGGACUUGCCUCCCCCAUCAAAGAAACUCCCUCCAGAAUCCACACCAGCAGUGCUGUUUACGGGAUUUGAACUUGCACAGGUUCAGCUGUACAUCAAGAAACUUUAUGUUCUUGGUGGCGAGGUUGCAGAAUCUGCUCAGAAAUGCACUCAUCUGGUAGCCAAUAAGGUGACCCGUACGGUGAAAUUCCUGACCGCCAUCUCUACUGUGAACCACAUAGUCACGCCUGAGUGGCUGGAGGAGAGUUUUAAAAGUCAGAAAUUUAUAGAUGAGCAGAACUUCGUACUGAGAGACGCAGAAGCUGAAGUCCUCUUCUGUUUUAGCUUGGAGGAGUCACUUAAAAGAGCACAAGGUGCCCCCUUAUUCAAAGGAAAGUAUUUCUACAUCACUCCUGGAAUUUGCCCUAGUCUCGCAACAAUGAAAGCCAUCAUAGAGUGUGCAGGUGGGAAACUGUUAACCAAGCAGCCAUCUUAUCGCAAGAUCAUGGAGCAUAAACAGAAUAAGAGUCUGUCUGAGAUAAUCCUGAUCUCGUGCGAGAACGAUCUCCACUUGUGUCGAGAAUAUUUUACCCGAAACCUAGAUGUUCACAAUGCAGAGUUCAUUUUGACGGGUGUCCUGACACAAACAUUGGACUACGAAUCAUAUAAGUUCACCUGAAGUAAUGGUACGUGUUGAUAUUUGCAGUCAGGCUACCAAUAUGGUGUUGAAAGGAACUACUGAGGAGUUGAGAUGUGUGGGUGUCUUUUCCAGUAAACAGUGACACCGCUGUUCACCCUGAAAAUUCUUCAGUGAAAUUGACAGAUUCCGGCGGGAAAGGAAUAAGAAAAUUGCAUCUUUUUACGAUGUGUGUUAUUUCAAGAACAUAUUUUGUUAUGUUUUAUUCCCUGUACUGGCUUGUUUUUCUCACUGUAGAUUAUUUUAGCCAGUUCAAAUAGCAAUCAAUUAUUUUUAAUAAGCUGUUUUUAACUAUGAUACGAACUGUGGGAUGAGCCCAUUUAUGGCAAUUUAGAUCUAACUCUUGUUUAUUAUGAAGAUAUAUAAAAAGGGCUGUUGGGUGAUAAAUUAUGGAUGUUUUGAAAUUCUGGAUUUUAUGCAGAUUUUGUUGUUUUGUAUUUCUAAUUUGUGAAAUUUACUACACAAAAUUGCACGAGUUGAAUAAAAAUGGCUUUAAAAAUA